AUGCACGACAUCCCCAAGAAGCUUUUCUCCAAGCUUCGUCUUCGUAGCCGAGCCGAUAUCCAAGCCAAGCGCCACUUCGUCCUCGGCGCCCAGCUUCUCUCCCAAGCCAGAUCCUCCACCUCCCGUUCCUCUGCUGUCUCUCUCGCCAAACAAGCCGAAGCCCAAGCCGACAAAGCUAUCUCCCUCGACCCCCUAGACGCCGCGGCUCACAUCCUGAAGGCCCUCGCCCUGGACAUCCUCGGCUUCAAGUCCUCCGCUCUCGAUUCCCUCGACGCUGCCCUCUCACCACGCGUUGCCAAGUCGUUGAGCGAGAAGGAAAAGGGCGAUGCUCUUUUCAAGAGGGCCGAGUUGAAACUCGCUAUAAGCCGGCGAGGCCGGGUCGACCCGGCGAUUGAGGAUCUGACUCAGGCAGUUAAGCUCAGUAAGGAUAACGUAAAGGCGUUUUGUUUAUUGGGCGAAUGUUACGAGGCGAAGAAGAUGAAAGAGGAGGCUAUAAACGCGUAUCAGGAGGCCCUGCAGAUCGAACCGGAGUCCACCGUCGCUCGAGCGGCCUUGGAUCGGUUGAGCAAAUGA